GGAGGCUCCUCCCGCUCGCUGCCGAGCUCCACAGUCUCACUGCCAGACUCGGUCCACGGCGCUUCCUUGGUCUCCCUGGCGGGCGCGGUCUGCGGAGCCUCCUCCCUGUCUCUGCCCGACGCGGUGUGCGGCGGCUCCUCCGUCUCGCUGCCGAACGCGGUGCCCGUGAGCUCCUCCAUCUCCCUGCCGAGCGCGGUGUCCCGGGGCUCCUCCAUCUCCCUGCAGGGCACGGCACCCCUGGGCUUCUCCUUCUCCCUACCGGGCACGGUGCCCCUGAGCUCCCCCGUCUCCCCGCCGAAGGCGGCCCCCGUGGGCUCCCCCGGAGCGCCGCCGGGCGCGGUCCCCAUGGCCCGCUACGAGGAGGUGAGCGUGUCUGGGUUCGAGGAGUUCAACCAGGCUGUGGAGCAGCACCAGGACAAGACCAUUUUCGCCUACUUCAGCGGUUCUAAGGACGCCGAAGGGAAGAGCUGGUGUCCCGACUGCGUGCUAGCUGAACCGGUCGUCCGAGAGGGGCUGAAACAUAUGAGUGAAGCAUGUGUGUUCAUCUACUGCCAAGUGGGAGAAAGAACUUAUUGGAAAGAUCCAAAUAAUGACUUCAGACAAAAACUGAAACUGACCGCAGUACCCACACUACUGAAAUAUGGAACUCCCCAAAAACUGGUAGAAUCUGAGUGUCUUCAGGCCACCCUCGUGGAGAUGUUAUUCUCUGAAGAUUAAGAUUUGAUGAUGGUGAUUGUGUCAAUUUCCUGGUUCUCUAGUAUAUAAGAAACUUCAUACUUUCUUUGAAUUUAUAAAAGUAAAGAAGUGAAUGAUGGUUUAAAAUCAGUAUGCCUAAAUAAUAAAGAAUGUUAUUAAAACAUGUACUUUCAAUUUGCUUGCUGUAUAUGGAUAUUUUAAAAGAUAAAAGUUUGGCAAUGA